AUGACUCCUUGUGACCAUGAGCAUGUGAAGCAAGAAUCAGUAGCCGAUACAGUCUCCGACAUGAAGCUGGACCCUGGUGGUCCCGCAGACGGCCCAUCCUCCAAUGGAGGAUCAGCUGAGGAUGACCCUGUGAACAGCGCUCCCGGUUCACCUGGACAGGCUCAAGUCACAGCCCAAAAUUCUUCAGACAGGGCUUCUUCAUCUGCUGUAAAAUCUGGGAGCCAAACCCGUUCUCCUGUCAAGGCAGAGCCCGCCAGCGAUGACAUGGAGCAAAAGGUUGGAGGCGACAUCACUGUCAAGCUGGAGCCGGGAAAGCCACCCAAACUCUCUCGCAGCUCAUCUCAGAAGGUGGUUGCUCGACCGCCUCAGCUGUUUAAUCAUCUUCCGGACAGCCUUGAGGAGGCCUGCUCGACAUUUGAACUUAUCGAUGAGUGUAUCUAUGCUAACAAAUACAUGGGAUACACGGAACAUGCCAUGGAGUGUGACUGUUCCGAAGAGUGGGAUCCUGUGGCUGGUAAAAACCAUGCUUGCGGAGAGGAUUCCGACUGUAUCAAUCGAGCGACUAGGAUUGAGUGUUUGGGCGAUUGCGGCUGCGGACCAGAUUGCCAAAACCAGCGAUUUCAGCGAAAAGAGUUUGCUAAGGUGACAGUCAUCAAGACGGAAAAGAAAGGCUUCGGACUUCGUGCCGAGACUGAUCUGCGACCCCAUCAAUUCAUCUACGAGUACGUCGGCGAAGUCAUCAAUGAGGCACAAUUUCGGCGUCGGAUGCGGCAAUAUGACGAAGAAGGCAUUAAGCAUUUCUAUUUUAUGUCCUUGAACAAAGGAGAAUUCGUGGACGCCACGAAGAAGGGCAACCUGGCUCGCUUCUGCAAUCACUCGUGCAACCCCAACUGCUAUGUCGACAAAUGGGUUGUUGGUGAGAAACUUCGCAUGGGCAUCUUUGCCGAGCGACACAUCAAGGCAGGCGAGGAACUUGUUUUUAACUACAAUGUCGACCGUUAUGGAGCAGAUCCUCAGCCUUGCUAUUGCGGGGAACCAAAUUGCACCGGUUUUAUUGGCGGGAAGACGCAGACAGAGCGAGCCACGAAACUGUCCAAUGCCACUAUCGAAGCUCUUGGGAUUGAAGAUGCAGAUGACUGGGACCUUGCAGUCGCCAAGCGGCCACGGAAGAAGAAGACCGAAGAGGCUGACGAGGAGUAUGUGGACAGCGUCCAGCCCAAAUCCUUGGAUGAGAAUGGGGUCACCAAGGUUAUGGCGGCUUUGAUGCAAUGCAACGAGAAAUGGAUCGCUGUCAAGCUAUUGGGGCGCAUCCAACGUUGCGAGGAUGAGCGCGUCCGUAAUCGGGUCGUGAAGAUGCACGGUUAUCGGAUCCUCAAUUCGCAGCUCAGCACCUGGAAGGACGAUGUCAAUGUCGUGUUACAGAUCCUGGAUAUACUCGAUAAACUUCCUCGUCUCACCCGCAAUAAGAUCAUUGACUCGAAGAUAGAAUCUACGGUCCAGCCAUUGACCACAUAUGGCGACGAGCGCGUGGAGACAAAGGCGAAAGCCCUCAUGGAAGUUUGGUCAACCCUGGAGGUCGGCUAUCGGAUUCCCCGCAUGAAACGGGAUCCUACGGCGACUACGACACCGCAAGUAGUCAGCCAGUUUGAACGACGAGAGGCGCCCCGUGAGGAACGAAAACGAUCAAGAUCACGAUCCCGCUCGAGAUCCCCCUCGAUCGAAGCACCCCGUGGCCCUGCCGCUCAGACUCGGGGUGGCUAUGGUCACCGAAGUCACUAUCACCGCGGCCCCAGGCCUCCCCGACAACCUCUUCCCCCGGGCUGGUUCGAGCAUCAGGACAAGGGGAGGACCUACUACUAUACAGAACGGGGUGAUGUCACCUGGGUCAGACCAACAUUGCCUGCACCCGACUUGCCGCCCAGUAAUGCAAAGAUGAGAAGUAUGGUGCAGAACAUCAUCGACGAGAUUAUGGCGUCGUCAAAGACACAGACACCGAGGGACAAGACCACCACACCCAGCACACCAGCGAAAGAGGACUCCGAGAAAGAAAAUGGCCGAGAGAAAUGGAGGAGUUAUCCGGAAGAGAAACAAAAGAGAAUCUACGAGAAUACGUUAUUUCCUCACGUCAAGUACGUCAUGGACAAAUUCAGGCAGAAGCUCCCGAGGGAGGAUCUGAAACGAUACGCCAAAGAGGUCGCGAAAAAGCUGGUCAAUUCCGAUUUCAAAAAUAACAGAGUCGAGGAUCCUACCAAAAUCAGCGAAAAGCAACAGAAGAAAGUGAAAAAGUUCUGCAAGGAAUACUUUGACAAAGCAGUCGCAAAACACCGGGCUUACGAGCAAAAGAAAGCGGAGAAGGUGGCUCAAGCAGCCAAAGCCAAGAAAGAGGAUGGGAAGGAGGAUGACAGUAAGCUCGGAUCGAAAUCACCACCACUCCGAGGGGAGUCAGCGGAUCUAGCCGAGACACAAGAUGAUGCAAAGGAUGAUGAGAUCGAUAAUGAUGGCGACGCCAACAUCUCCGACGAUGAAGUGGACAGCAAGAAGCUAUCUCCAAUCGACCCCGAGGAAGAUGGGGAUAGAGCAAAACGCAAGAGAGACACAACCAAUGACACGGAUGUCGAGAACGACGACGCUUCUCCAGUUAAAAGACGCAAGUCUUCAACACCGCCGUCCGAACAGCACCCAUCUGUGGGACUUGACGACGACUUGUCACACUCGGGUAUUUCAACUUCGCAUGAAGGCAUUGGCGUUGUACGAUGA